GGGCGGGCGGGCGGUGCGCGGUAUAAGCCCGGGCUGCGGGCGGCGGGGCUCAGCUGGCGGCGGGACUCGGUGCGGGACGCGGUGCGGAGCUCGGUGCGGGACACGAUGGCGACGGCGCUGCGCCUGCUGGCGCUGCUGGGGGCUGCGGCCAUCCAGGGGGGCUACUCCAGCCCGCACUCCUACCGCUAUUUCUACACGGGGGUGUCGCAGCCCGGCCCGGGGGUGCCCGCGUUCAGCAUCGUCGGCUACGUGGACGGGGAGCUCAUCAACCACUACGACAGCGAGACGGGGAGAAUGGAGCCGCGCACGGAGUGGGUGAAGGGCGCCGUGGACGCGCAGUUCUGGGAGCGGAACACGCAGCUCGCACGGGGCGAGCAGCCCACGUUCCGAGCGGACCUGGACACCCUGCGCGGCCGCUACAACCAGAGCGCGGGGUUUCACACUCUCCAACGGAUGUACGGCUGUGAGCUCCGGGAUGACGGCUCCAAAGGGGGGUUUUACCAGUAUGCGUACGAUGGGCGAGACUUCCUCAGCCUGGAUAAGGACCGGGAGACCUGGGUGGCAGCAGAUGACGCGGCUCAGAUCACCAAACAGAAAUGGGAUGCUGAGAGGAGCAUCGCUCAGAGAUACAGAGCCUACCUGGAGGGGACCUGCAUCGAGUGGCUGGGGAAGUACCUGGAGUACGGGAAGGAGACGCUGCAGAGGAGAGAGCCACCGCGGGUGCAGGUGAGCGACCGGCCAAGCCAGGAUGCGGGUCUCACCACGCUCUCCUGCCGGGUCCACAGCUUCUACCCGCGGAACGUGGCCGUCGUGUGGCUGAAGAAGGGGGUGGCCAUGCAGCAGGAGACGAACCGUGGGGACGUGGUUCCCAGCGGGGACGGGACCUACCAGACCCGGGCCACCAUCGACAUCGACCCCAGCAGUGAGACUGAUUAUACCUGCUGCGUGGAGCACCCCAGCCUGGCAGAGGAUCUGAGAGUGCCCUGGAAGCCCAAGUCCAACGUGAUGCUGAUCGUGGGUGCUGUUAUCGGGGUUCUCGUGCUGGUCGCUGCCGUCGCUGGAGCCGUUGUCUUCCUCAGGAAGAAGAAAGGCGACUACAAAGCGGCGCCAGCUCACGAAGGCUCUUCCAGCUCCGGAAGCAACCAGGGAUCUAACAUCUGUGUCAAGGCGUGACGGAGCCCGUCGGCCCCUGCACGGCCUGCUGGGGGGGCCCAGACGCGAGGAGAGACCGGAGCAGAUCAGGCUCCUGGGCAUGCAACAGCUCAUCAGCACCUUCCACAGCCUGCUUAAAGCCCUUUGCCUUGAUUGUACCCGAGCUAAUCGCCCAGCAAAUACAGCUUUCAUUUAACACUUGCACUCUCCGUGGCUGCAGACUGCCAGGGAUGGUCGGGGUCGCUUAUUGUUUGAUUUCUACAGAACUCUCUUUUUUCUUGUUUUUUUUUUUUUUGAUAAAAUGAAAACUUGUUUUGCUGAGGAUCUUGUUUGUAUAGAAGAGUAACCAGGGUGGGCUGGAAUGAAUCAUUACCCAGCACACACUGUUCUGUCUGCUUCCAUUGUAACAGACCCAGAUUCUGUUUCUGCGGUGAUUAAGGUAUUAAGAUAUUAUUCUUUUUGCUGCGGCAGCUUCCUCUGUAACGGGAUAAAUCCUGCUGUCAGGGCACUGGUCACGCCAGUGUAAGGCCUUGUCUACAUUGCGAUUUGCACUGGUGUAACUACAGAGUUGUGAACUUAAAGUGGGCUAGUUAAAUCCCUGUGUGGACACGCUUAAUCUGGUGUAAGACGGGGCUUGUUUUGAUUUAAACUGACAAGUGAAACCAGAAAAAGCCACACCUCUUCUACCAGAAUCAAUCCGUGUCCGCUCACUGAUCUGGUGCACGUUUGUGUGUAGACAAAGCCUAAGCGGGCGCCAAUUCUGCUCCCAAAUGGGUUGAUUUUGUGUGUGACGGAUGUAAUUUUUUUCUUUUGUUAAGGUUUUAACAACUGUUUUAAACAGUAACGUUGUAAAUCUCCUGGUGAUUUUCAUGGGGACACAAUAAAUGUGUGGUUUUUACUCUC